UCAAUGAUGACUAAAUGUUCAUCUUCUUGUUAAUGUAAUUUUAUCAAAAUGUUUUUGAAAAUUUUCAUUAAAAAAUGUAAUAAUUUCUAACAGCAUUUGGAGGUUAGGACUGUCUAGUUGGUAUAACUCUUAAAAAUUGAUUUAUUUUUGCCCUUUGUUUGUUUGUUUGUUUUUUUCCAGAGUACAUUUUACUAUUUCUAUAAUUUAAAUACAUAUAUUAAUGGAAAUGAUGCCAAAUAAACAAAAUAAUUGAGAAGGGAUAUUUUAUGCGGCUUAAUUUUGCCAUCUGUAAGUGCAUACAGGCAUUUUGUUCUUAAAUAAAUACAUAUAUAAAUAUUUCGGUCAAUUAUUAAAGAAGUACAUCAUAAAAAAUGGUUAUCUUUUUAAAAAUCAAAACUUUGACCUGCUUACAUAGAGGGCUGUAUAAACUCAGUUACCCAUCAGCCCCGCUUCUUUUUCCGCUCCUGCGCACAAGCGCAUGGCUUCUCCGCUGAGCGUCAGUGUCAUGACAACAGAACGAUGGUUCCAAGAGGGUGAGAGAUGUGAUGUUUGUGUGAACGAAGUGGAACGAGGAAAAGCGGUUCUCUAAAGUCUGUCAUCAUGUCCCUGUUCAAAGCCCGUGACUGGUGGUCAGCGACUCUUGGCGAGGGGGAGGAGUUUGACCAGGGCUGCCUGUGCGUCGGAGAUGUGGACAACAGUGGCACAGGCCAUGACAAGAUCGUGGUGGGCAGCUACAUGGGGAUGCUGCGGAUCUUUUUUCCACAUGCCAAUAAGUCGAGUGAAGGCGGGCCUGCUGAUGCUCAGCUGCUGGAAGUCCAGCUUCAGAACGCCAUCAUCCAGGUGGAAGUGGGCAAGUUUAUCUCAUGCUCAGAUCUUCUUCACCUGGCUGUUCUUCACCCCAGAAAACUGUCAGUUUACUGUAUAUCAGGAACCGCAGGACACGUCGAUCAUGGAGACCAGUACCAACUCAAGCUGGUUUAUGAGUACAACCUACAGAGAACGGCCUGCAACAUGACCUAUGGCACAUUUGGAGGAGUCACAGAUCACCAUUACCUGUGCAUCCAGUCCAUGGACGGGAUGCUGAUGUUCUUCGAACAGGACAGCUACACCUUUGGCCGGUUCCUCCCUGGUUUUCUGCUGCCUGGUCCGCUGGCCUACAACCCCAGAACGGACAGCUUCCUCACCGUGAGCUCAGCUCGGCAGCUGGAGAGCUACAAGUAUGAAACUUUGGCCGUUGCUUCAGAUGCAGAGACUCGUCAGGAUGCCAACAUGCCCCUCAAAAGUGGAGGCAAAAGGCUGAUGCCUGACUGGACAUUUGUCCUGGGGGAACAGGCGCUGGACCUUUGCGUUCCCUCCUUCUCCCACUCCUCCGCCUCCAUCCUCGUGCUGGGUGAGAGAAACCUGUUCUGCUUUGAUGACAAAGGCCAUAUCCGAUUCAUGAAGAAGCUGGAAUUCAACCCAAGCUGCUUCCUGCCCUAUGCCUCAGUGACAGAAGGCACCAUAAAUCUGCUGCUAGGUAACCACACCAACACGCUGCAGGUUUACCAGAAUGUGACUCUGAAGUGGGCAGCCCAGCUCUCCUUUGUGCCUGUAGCUGUUCGCGUUGCCAACUUCCCGGAGUUGAAAGGAGUUGUGGUCAGUUUGAGCUCAGACGGUCAUCUCCUCUGCUCCUACAUGGGAACAGACCCCUCCUUCUUCACUACCCCUAAAGUAGAUGCCAGGGAGGCCGACUAUGAGCAGGUGGAAGCUGAGAUGAAGAAGCUGCAAAGGUGCAUAAGAGAACUCACCAGGACUCAAGACAUUCUGCCAAAAACGGACGCAGGGGAAGACCUGUCAGUCACUUCUACCGUGUCUUCACGCAUGGACAAGCCAUCACAAGCUCUAAUCCAGGAUAUUGAUGGUUUGCCUGUACCUUCAGUAACUGUGCAGGUGCAGUUGAAGGCAAAUUGUGUUCUCCAGACCUCCAAGCUCUUCAUUUGUGUCCAGCCUCCGCUGGCUGUCACUCAAGAGCAGUUCAUCCUGGAGCCAUUGGGUGUCGGUUCAAAAAAAGUUGUGGAGUUUUCAGCUUUCCUCAAUGGCCGGUACCCCCCUGCUGACCUGACGGGAGAUAUCAUCAUUUCCUACAGCUCGCCAACAGAGCUUAAUCCUACGGGUUGCCCCAGGGUUCUUCAGUCCAAGUUCAUUCUUCCUCUGGCCUUGGUGUGUGUUCCUUCAUCACCAGCCAAAAGCACCAAGUUCAAGAUCACUGUGGACACCAACCAGCCACCAGUUGACCUCAGCUCCAUUUUCCGGGAGUUUUCAGCAAUAGCUGAAGAUAAGGAUGGGAACUGUUUGGCCUUCCAGUUUCUGUCAGGAGCCAAAGUCACUGUGCUGGCCUCCAAGACCUCCCAGCGGUACAGAGUUCAGAGUGACAGCUUCGAAGACAUGUGGUUGGUGGUGAAAGAACUGGUUCAGAGGUUUGAUCAGCAUUUCUCCAAACUGGGGAUCAAAGACUUCAAGAAAAGCUUCAGUGGUUCGCUCCCACUUCAGGACUACUUCUUGUCCGUGGACCAUCACUUUCAGCUUCGUGUCAAUGCUCAGCGAUAUCAAGAUCUGCUGUCAGAUCAAGCGGCCCAAUUCAGAGCCAUCCAGCGUCGCCUGCUUGCUCGAUUUAAAGACAAAACUCCGGCACCUCUGCAGAACUUGGACACUCUGCUGGAUGCAACUUACAGCCAGAUGAUGGCGCUGGCAGAUGCGGCAGCAGAGAACCAGGUUCUGCUGGUGGAGGCGUUUGUCCGUGUGCGGAGCGCCACACACCUGCUGGUGCUGCUGCUGUCGCUGUGGCAAGGCCUGACCCCCGAUCAGACGGCCAUCUUGGAAGCCACCCUGCUGCCGGUGCUGCAGGACACGCCCCAGCUGGGCUGGGAAGAAUGCUGCGACGCUGCCGUCUCCCAUCUCCUGCGAACCUGCUUGUCCAGGAGCCCCAAGGACCAGGCCAUAUCUUUGGCCCAGGCAGGAGGCCCUGUGCUUGGCCUCCCACAAGACACCUCGCGCCUGAAGAAGCACAUCACUCUUCUGUGUGAUCGCAUCGGCAAAGGAGGCCGUCUCACUCUAUGCUCUGAGGCAAACGUCCAGGUUCCUGCCCAGGUCCAGAGUCUCGCUGCUCCUGGUGGUGUUGAGCCAAUAGCGGAAGCCGCUGGUGAAUGGGGGGAGGUAGAUGUCCCGCAGGAGACGACCAAGUUCAUCAAGCAAAAGCAGCCAUCUAAGAAAGUCAAGAAAG